GCUGCUUAGAGACUCACGGAAUUAUGAAAAUCCCACGUCUGUGAUUCUAAGACUCUUGUGGUUUUUUCUCUUUUUUUUUAGCUGCAUGUUUCUCCGGCCCCGUGUCCCGCUCAGCCGGCCGCCGUUUCCGCACGUCCCUAUUAGUGUCUGGUAUUCGGCCCUUUCGCUCGUCACAUGGGCCCUUGUUGUUUUCCCCUCCCACCACCAAAUCGCCUCCGAAAGAGUUAUUACUGUUAACACAGCCGCCGUCCGGACACGCGAUUCUCGGCAGGGAGCCGCCAGCGUUUGCCUGGCUGCCAGUUUAAGGCUCCUUCUGGAUCCCCGGACCUCAUGAAUGAGUUAUGUAAACACCGGGCAACCAACGGAGCUUUUCAUUAAGCAAGAUGUCAACAGCUACAGAAAAUGGAGUUGGAGGGUCUCGCAGUACAAGUGGGGAGAAGACCUACAAGAAGACCACGUCGUCCGCACUGAAAGGCGCGAUCCAGCUCGGCAUCGGCUACACGGUGGGGAACCUCACCUCCAAGCCCGACAGGGAUGUGCUCAUGCAGGACUUCUAUGUGGUGGAGAGCGUUUUCCUUCCCAGUGAGGGCAGCAACCUAACCCCUGCGCAUCACUACCCGGACUUCCGCUUCAAGACGUACGCCCCUCUGGCCUUCCGCUACUUCCGGGAGCUUUUUGGGAUCAAGCCAGAUGACUACCUGUACUCCAUCUGCAAAGAGCCCCUCAUCGAGCUGUCCAACCCUGGAGCCAGCGGCUCGCUGUUUUACCUCACGAGUGACGACGAGUUCAUCAUCAAGACCGUGCAGCACAAGGAGGCCGAGUUCCUGCAAAAACUGCUUCCGGGUUACUACAUGAACCUGAACCAGAACCCCAGGACACUGCUGCCCAAGUUCUACGGGCUCUACUGCGUCCAGUCGGGAGGCAUGAACAUCCGGCUGGUGGUGAUGAACAAUGUGCUACCACGUUCUGUGAAGAUGCACUACAAGUACGACCUGAAGGGCUCGACAUACAAGCGACGGGCAAACCGCAAGGAGCGCGAGAAAGCCUGUCCCACCUACAAGGACCUGGACUUCCAGGACAUGCAUGACGGAUUGUACUUCGACACUGAGACCUACAACGCCUUGAUGAAGACCCUGCAGCGGGAUUGCCGGGUGCUGGAGAGUUUCAAGAUCAUGGACUACAGCCUGCUGCUGGGGGUGCAUGUGCUGGACCAGAGCGUGAAGGACGGGGACAUAGCAGAAGCUUGCGGAGACGGCAAGCGUCCAGUGGCCCAGAAGGUUCUCUAUUCCACAGCCAUGGAGUCCAUUCAGGGGGACGGCAAGGCGGGCGAGGCACUCACCACUGAUGAUACGAUGGGUGGCAUUCCUGCCAAAACACACAAAGACGAGAGGCUUCUCAUAUUUCUGGGUAUUAUCGACAUCCUGCAAUCUUACAGGUUUAUUAAGAAGCUGGAACACUCCUGGAAAGCGCUUGUGUAUGAUGGCGACUCUGUGUCGGUACACAGACCCAGUUUCUACGCUAAUAGAUUUCUAAAGUUCAUGAGCUCCACAGUGUUCAGGAAGAUUCAAACCAUCAGGCCGUCCCCGUCCAAGAGGACCCGGAAUUCCAUCCCGGCCCUGAAGUCGUCCUCGCAAGAGAUCCUGUCCUCACCCAGCGAAGACGGAAUUGAGGAGAGGAAGGACAGACUCAGCGGGACAAGGAGCCUCGCCAGUCUGGAUGGACGAGCUUUCUAUGAGGCCGGCUCCAUGGCCACCACUAUCUCCUCCUCUUCCCUCUACACUACCCAGCAGUGCCUUGAGGCCAACCCAAAGCAAAGAGAUGAACUGGCCACGAGCUCCACAUUUACGCUGGAGGACAGCGCCAUCUGCUUGACACCCGAGCAAAUUACACUGGAUAUGGACAGAGACGACGGCUCUGUGCUUGACGUCUACUUAUAAGGGGGGGAGGGGCAUACGGCUUGUUCUCCACCACGUCCUUCUAGUCAACCAUCUGGCGGGCAUCACAUUCCACUGGAGCGCGGCUUCAUCCAACGUUCCACGCCCUGGUCCGCAGGCCGUGGGCCUUGGCCAAUCAGCGACGAGGACGCCCACUCACUGCAGACUGGAACAGAAAAUCUAAGCAAUCACACCAAUGGUUAUACCACCUGAACGCAGGGGCUGCAAAUUUUCUACGCUUUUCCUUGGAUCCAUGCAAGCAAACAUUAUGCUUUUGCAGUGGCUUGUGUCAGAAACAUUCCUUUAAAAUAUGUAUGCCAAUGCCAGGUGUGCCCAGUGCCCUCCCCAGAAGAGAGGUGCUGGGUGUGUUGACAUUGUCUGCCCAUCAGCGGGUCUGUGUGACGAAGUGAUGGGGAAGGGUGAUGAACACGCCACCUUUUAUUUCCAUUACAGAAGCUUUUUGUGACCCUAUCUGGACAGAUUUGGUCUGCAGAGGUGUCAGACUGUGCAUUUGUUUAGAAAAAAAGCACUUUCCAUGUUUGUAAUGAUGAAUGUGUGUAAUAAAUACUGUCAUACA